CCACAUGUAAUUCUGUUUAAAAUAAAUCAAAUAGGAUUUGGUAGCGUCAUCCAGCGCCAAGAACUGAUAGAAAUUAUUUUGUUACAAAUUUCGGCAUUUUGCCGUUAAAAUCGUCAAACGAAUAGAAAACGCAAAACAGCAACGAAACAUCGAAUCAAUUGUAUCAUUGAGCUUCUGUUCAAAUUACAUGUCACGUGGCUUUGUUUACUGUUUUCUUGCUGGACGAAGAAUAACGUACAGUGUAGAAACUUGUCAAAAACUGGGAAAGAGACAGCGUUUAGCAUAUAAUAUUUCACGAUUCAAUCGAUCUCUGUGUGCCUAGAAAAUUGGUUUCGUAAAUUUUUACCAACAGUUUACGAAUUACGGUAUUAAUCAAAUAUAUUAUCGAUGGAUGACGUAUAUAGGUUAUACAAUAACAACGCGUCACCAAAGGUUCACAUAAAAGAAUAUUUUGACGAAUAUCUGAACAUGAUAGCUAACACAGAAAGUUUUAUACCUAUGAAAAGAGAUGACAGAGAUUUGUUAGGACUUAUGGGCAUCCACCUCGGCGAAGAAGAAAUAUCCAUGCUAGCAAAUUAUUGCAGUGUUGACAAUUUAACUGUAGAAGGAGAAAUGCCAAAAAUAAUUAAUCAUAGAAAGAUGAGAAAACAGGAGACGUUUGAUCCUAAAGAACCAGAAGAUGUGGAUCUACAGACCAUUCAGAAUUUAAGAAGAAGACUACAACUAGGAACCAAAGUACUCUGUUACAAGUAUAAAAGUGAAUUAAUCAUAAAUCAUGACAAGAAAACAGAAUUAGAAGCAAAUGGCAAGUUUGCAAUUCCUGGGCGAGAUAUUAUAAUCUAUGUUAGGAUUUAUUAUCCUUUCAUUCAACGUGCAAGAAGUACACUAAAGACAGAGUGUGGUACUUUACUUAAAUUAAACAAUAUCACAGCUAUUCUAGGUUCUCAAACACUAGCUGAUUUGAGAGAUAAAAUACCUUGCAUUGCUGAUCAUACAAUUUCUAAAGAGUGUAGUACAAAUUUGGACAAUGCUAUAGGUCCAAUGGCAAAGGAUAUCUACAAAUCAGGAUUUUUUUUCAUCGAAGACACAUUUUAUAAUGAUACUAGAUGUCCAACAAACGUUGAUUACAGUAAGGUGAUUCUAGAUUGGGCUAAAAGACGACCAAAAUUAGGACCUUUUAAAACUGCUUCAAUGGAAUAUUGUCGAUUAGAUUCUUUAUUCUUAAGGUUUGGUUAUCCAUGGGUGUAUAAACACCAAGGUGGUUGUGAGCACUUGAUCGUAUUCAGUGAUUCAAGGUUGAUCAAUCGUAACGACGACUUAGCUUUAGCCGCAUAUCCGCAAAUAGUACGAAUAAGACCUACUGGUUCUAAGUUUUGUAUGAUAUGUACAGUGUACAGUGCACAGUGGAUCACAUUGGAGCAUGAGAGAAUACCACACAAUCCUUGUUACUUCUGUGACUCGUGUUUCAAGUCUUUUAAUUAUAUCGAUGACAAAAAAGUUGGAAAUUUCAAGGCAUACCCCUAUCCGCGUAAUACAGAACUCGUAAAGAAAAUAAUAAAUCUAUAAUGAAACGUUUUCAUUUUUAUAAUUUAUCUUCAUGUGGGUUGAAUGCAUAAGUGAACAGUAGGCCAAUAAUCAGCCAAAAAAUAAGAACAUAAAGUAUUCUUAUAUCAUAUGUAGUAAUUAAAGGUACACAACCCAUAGACCAGUCGAAGCAUAACCAUUGUG